AGGGAUGAAAGGGUCAGAAAUCAGAAGUCAAGCAAACUAUCCACCCAAUAUCAGGCUGUGCAUUAGUAUUGUUGUUGUUAGGUCUUUCUUUAAAUUAAUCAUCAAUCGUGCCCUUGGUGAAUAAUGUAAUCUUGCUAAGUGCCCUUCACGAUCUCUCCACAUCUCUCUUUCCAUCACAUAUACACAUUCACUUCCCCGCCUAUUAUUCAUGCUUCAUCAAACCUCUCUCAAGUCUCAACCAACUCAUCUCGCUCUGUUCUUGUCUCCAAUUUUCAACGACUUUCUACAUUUUUGAAAAAAUGGCAAAUUUGGUUCGUCUUUGAUAGUUCUUUGGGCGGGUUUCCAUUUUCACAAGAAUACCAAAAGUCUUCCCACAUAGAGCUGAUUUUGAGUAUUUUCCAUUGUGGGGUGGUGUUGCUGCUAUUCUUAAUUGUUGGUUUUGGGGGGUUUUGUAAUUUGAUUUAGUGGGUUUUGUUCCCGUGGGUGAUGUUUUUCUGAUGUCUUUGGGUGUUCGAGGUGCCUCAAAUUUGUCUGAAAACAUGAAAUUUGAUGAUGCAAAAGAGGGUUCAAAUAUGAACAACGGAGGAGUCUCUGAAGUAACAACAACACUACAAACUGAUAAAGCACAAGAUGAUGUUGUUAGUGCAUCAGAAGACAAGAAGAUAAGUGAGAAACAAAGGAAAGACUGCACUUCUGCUUAUACUACUGAUCAAGAGGACGAUGACGAUGACGAGAAGAUAGAUUUGGGUCCUCCUAAAAGUAUCAAACAACAACUUGAAUUGGAUAAGGAAGAUGAGAGUCUAAGAAGGUGGAAAGAGCAGCUACUUGGAAGUGUUGAUCUUGAAACUGUUGGAGAAUCUCUGGAACCAGAUGUUAAGAUCCUUAGUCUUGCGAUUCUCUCCCCUGAUAGGCCUGAUCUUGUUUUAUCAAUUCCUGAGGUUGGUAACCCAAAAGGUUUAUGGUUUACCCUAAAGGAAGGUAGUCGUUACAGCUUAAAAUUCUCGUUCACAGUCAACAGCAACAUUGUUUCUGGCCUAAAAUAUACCAACACAGUUUGGAAAACUGGGAUGAAAGUUGAUAGAAGAAAAGAAAUGCUUGGAGUUUUCAGUCCUCAAGCAGAGGCAUACACUCAUGAGAUGCCUGAAGAAAUCACUCCUUCUGGUAUUUUUGCUAGAGGAUCAUAUUCUGCUAGAACAAAGUUUGUGGAUGAUGAUAAUAAACGCUACUUAGAGAUGAACUACACCUUUGACAUCAGGAAAGAUUGGCCGUCAGUUUAAAACCAGAUAUAGUCCGCAGCACUUCCUUCCUUAGAUCGUUGCAUGGCUCAACUAUAUACUUCCUUCAUAUCAAAUCCUUCCCCACCUUGAUAUAGUUCUGAAACAACAGAAUGCAAGAAGAGAAGAAAAGCUGCACAGUCAAUUUCGUGGGAACCUUACAAAAUGCGAAAGACAUCUUGAUCUAAGUAAGGGAUAGAGUUUUCAUUUUUUAUUCGUUUCUGCAAAUAUUAACAGGGUUAUAAAUAACCCUUCAUUUGUUUUCAUGAAACUUCAUGUUAUGUUAAGCUUCAUUUAUGCAUGGGCAUGUAAACCAUAUGUAUAGGAGACUCGUUGAUUUAUGAUGAUGAAUAUGUUGAAAGUAAGUCAUGAUUUUGUACUCUA